AAAAAUAAAAUAAAAUAAAAUUAAAAAAAAUGUCUGGAAAACAAAAAAAAGGUGGAGCCAUUGAUUUCGCAAAAGACUUCCUUUCCGGCGGUGUAUCUGCUGCUAUAUCUAAAACAGUUGCCUCUCCCAUUGAAGUGGUUAAAAUGCGUAUCUAGAACCAAGACGAGAUGAUAAAAUAAGGAGUAUUGGCCAAAAGAUACAACGGAAUAGUCGAUUGUGCAACUACAGUAGCCAGAGAUGAGGGUGUUAAAGGCUUAUGGAAGGGUAAUUUUACUAAUGUAUUAAGAUAUUUCCCUACUUAGGCUUUAAACUUUGCUUUUAAAGACACAUUUAAGAAAAUGUUUAACAAAAAUAAAGAAAAAGACGGCUAUUUAAUCUGGUUUUGUGCUAAUAUGGCUUCUGGUGGUCUCGCCGGUUCCGUUUCUUUAACUUUCGUUUAUUCUUUAGAUUAUGCUAGAACUAGAUUAACUAAUGACAUGAAAUCUUCCAAAAAAGGAGGUGAAAAAAAAUACAAUGGUCUCAUUGAUUGUUAUAAAAAAACUAUCGCUACAGACGGUAUUGCUGGUCUAUAUAGAGGUUUUGUAAUCUCAUGUGUAGGUAUUGUAGUCUAUAGAGGUCUUUAUUUCGGUCUUUAUGAUACCAUUAAACCUCUUUUACCCGUAUCUAUGAAAAAUUCUUUCGUUUCUUCCUUUGUAUUGGGAUGGGGUGUUACUGUUACUGCUGGUUUGGCCUCUUAUCCUAUUGAUACCAUUAGAAGAAGAAUGAUGAUGACUUCUGGAGAAGCUGUUAAAUAUAAUGGAAGUAUUGAUUGCGCUAGAUAGAUUCUUGUAAAUGAAGGAUUUAAGUCUAUGUUUAAAGGUGCUGGAGCUAACAUUCUUAGAGGUGUUGCAGGAGCUGGUGUACUUGCUUUUUAUGAUAUAAUUUAAUAAUUUAUAUAUGGUGAUGAUUAUGUACCAAGCUCUGGUGGUGGUUGAGAGUCUUUUUUUUUUAGACUUUUUUCCGUAAAGGGAAAGAAGAAAUAAUUAUUAAAAUACAUAUAUAUGAAAUAAUAAAUCAGAAAAAAAAAAUUUUUUUUUUUUUUUUUUUUUCGAGAUUAUGAAAAUAAAUUAGUAUUUGAAUAUUUAUUUUAUAUAUGUAUUUAUUUUUAUUUCUAUUUUUAUUUUAUUUUAAUUAAAAAAUUUUCUCCUCUA